AUGGCUUGUAUAUUGCCAAAUAACAAUUAUGCUUACCACAGUAACGAAAAGGCCACAAUUAUCCUGAGCACUGAGAAAUACACUAUCGACGACACGUUCAAGUUCACCACAGGUACCUGUCUGAUUUAUGCAGAGACGAUCGAAAUUACCUCUAGCAUCACUCAGCACGGCAAAAGCAUUGGCCUCUUUUGCCAUACGCUCAUAAUCCCAAGUCGAGUCACCAUUGAUGUUUCUGGUGACAACGGUAAGGCAGGCGACAGUCAUGUUAAUCAAGAUGGUGGACAGGGAGGAAACGGCGGAAAUGCUGGAAAUGUUUGGAUUUGCGUCCAAUCCCUUCCGAGAGAAAAUCCUUUCCAGAACCUGGAGAUCAAGGCGUAUGGCGGAAAUGGUGGCAGGGGUGGCGACAGUACUCCAUCAAAGGACGAAAAAAGCAAAAAAGGCAAAGGGGGAAAUGGCGGUAAUGGUGGAAAUGGAGGUAACAUCGAAGUGUUGUUUGGAACAGCAGAAAAUGACGCUGGUUAUGCUUUGAUGGAAAUCCAAACGCGACCAUGGCCGGAGCAAGCUUUGUGCUUGACAGAGACAGUGCUUUCAGACAGUCUGACGGGUUACCUCUCAAAGGAGAACAUACAGCUCCUUGAGAUUUUCAAGAGCCUCAGUGGUGUACUUCAAUCCCUGGCUCGCCAGCUUGAGAUCUUAUCCACAGGAGGUGAUAGCAAGGAGGUCCAAACCACUGCUUCUUCCCUCAUGCAGGAGGUGCUCACCAACCUGGCGGCAAAGGAUAAAGCGCCAAAGAAUGUCACCACUGAAAGCGUCAGUUCUCUUCAAGUGAUACUAGAGUCGGUUCGCUCUCUCAACCGAAAGACGGGAAACCUUGAUGCAAAUAAGACCCUUAAAGAUGCUAAAAAGCACAUCGAGACCGUCGCCCCUCAGCCGGAUUCUGAGAUAGUUUUGCUCACGAAAGGCCUUCAGAAGCGUCUUUAUAGAAUUGUAUUAAACAUGGAGGGGUUUGCCUACGACAUCACCAAGUUGAAUUCCAAAGGUACCGGGGGUUUUAAUGGCAUCGGAUCCGAAAAUGGUACCAGCGGCAAAGCUGGACAGAAAAGUGGCCAGAGCCGUGCUCGAAACCUGCCUUUCCGGGGCACAGAGGAAGACGUUGAUGUUUUGCAAGCCUAUGUUUUCCCCGAACAUUGUCAGAUGCUCUUGAACAAAGCCGACGAUUUGUUCUUCAGCAGUAAUACCGAGACCUGGAAGAGCGCAUAUGCACUCUAUAACACUUUACUUAGCCGUCUUCAAAUGCUAGAUGGCUUCCAGGGUAAUAGCUCCUCUGGCUUUUUCACUGCCCUGAAACAGCUGGAAACUGAGCUAAAUAUAACACACAACCCCAUCACGCAACUGAGAUCAGUAUACGAUCAGGCAAAUAGUCGUCGCAAUCGAUUACUCUUGGGCCAAGAUAUGUUUGGGCACGUCGAUAGUUGGGUACCUCGCCUGUCAUUUGGCUUCUUUGCCCAGUCGGUUGAGGAGCGGUUCAGGGUGGUCAAAUCAGUAGAGGAUCUGACAUCAGCAUACGAAGACGCCUUCCAGAAGAACAAAGACGUUCGUACUGUAGUCAAACAAGGCAUUAGCAAGAUGGCGGAUGCCCAAAAAGAGGCCCAGGCCAAGACCGACCUUCUCACCUCCCCGAACGGUCCACUAGUCAGUGGCGUCAAUAAGAUCGCCUUGCUGACCAGGGAUAUGAACAUGAAGCGGCAGCUGCUCACGAAGAAGUUGGCAAGUAUUAAAUUUGUUUUGAAGAAAUUCGACUGGACGAUCAUCCUUGACGCAGGGUCUACGCUGGUCUCGACUGCCCUGAAUCCGAAAUCUAUUCUCGGUGGGAUUAAGCAAGGCUACGAGAUAUACCAAAAAGCAACAGACAAUUCAACAGCGAAAAAUAUUCAUGGCGACGCAGUGAAGAAAGAGUACAUCAUCGACCAGCUCGCACAAUGUUCCGACACAUUUGAAUCGCUGGAAAAUGCCCUCAAGACAAGGAAGAACAAUCAGAUUGACAUCACUGACCCGGGGGCCUUGAAGACUUUAGCUACAAAGGAGAAUAUCGAGAAGAUUCUUCGCGAGUUCAAGAAUGCCAUUGUGGAGAAAGACAAGAAGGAAAUAGAAAGCGCCUUGGAUGACUUCAUUGCUGUUACUUUAAACCGCAACAACGCUGUUCUGGAUUACAAUGCCUCUCUCCAACUGCUAGUUGAAGCAAGCAGUGCUCUGGAAUAUAGCAAGAGCCAAGGCGAGUCUCUGGGACAGAAGGGGCUUACCCUCGAUCCAAAAACUCCAGCAAUUUGUUUCUGGCUACGCAAGACACGCGAUAACAUGAGGCUAGAGCUUAUGCAGCGCUUGAACUACGAAUGCCGUGCUAUCAAAUUCUGGGGACUGAGAGAGAAGCUCGAGUAUUUCAGCCCAGGUCCCCUUCGUUCUGUAACAGAACUACAACAGGGUCAAUCACAGUUGAAGGCGGCCUAUGAGGAUAGUCUCAACGGCUAUGCUAACAACAUUCGCAACGUAUGGCCGCGUACUGACAAUGACCAGGGCUUGUUUUACGAGUUCAGCAAUACAGAGUUGAAAGCUUUUAAGCAGCGCCAGCUACUUAUCAGUUCCAAAGGCGAUGAUGGAGUCUACGCCGCAAGUAUCCGGCUGAAGCCAGGUGCACAUCCGUUUGGUACUGGUCGUGCAGAUAUCAGGAUUAACCAGGUACGCUUGUGGCUCCUUGGAGUCAAAGUAGAAGCCGACAAUAUGGGUAGUGAGCGACUGAUGGUGAAGAUUUCCCAUGCUGGAAAUGAAACCUUGGAAAACACCGAGAGACAGGCACUUGAGUUCUCUCACGACGCCGUCAAUAUACAGUUUGUAUACGAUACGGCCAAGGUCAACACGCGAGCCGACUUUCGUACAGAUGUCGUGUUCGGUAGGCAAGGACUCGAGAAUGAUUGGAGUGGUGGUAACCGUGAACCGACUGCCUCGACGUUUGCUGCGAUAGGACCGUUUACUGAGUGGCGUUUCUCUAUCCGCGAGUCGCAGAACGCCGGCUUGGAUAUGGGUUCAGUGACAGCUGCAUAUGUUGAAUUCCGGGGAGCCAAUCGGCCUUUCUCGGUCGAUUACCGAAAGGUGUGA